AUGCGAAAAAUUCUCUUCAAAAAGGACUUUUCACAAGUGACGACAAUCGUACCUGCCCACGCCAUCGCCAUAUGCAUUCGCAUAGAGCAAAAAGCGGACAGAAAGGAAGUUUAUCUUGCAGAGCAAUCGCUUCAGUUGCUGCGUAACGUCGUGAUCUCCCAACAAGCAUAUGAAGCUGCUACUUUACGUAUGAGAAUGAACAAGAAAACUCCUCUCCCGAAUGGUUGA